AUGAUGCUACAACUUCUCAGACACUUCAGGGAGGGGCCAGGCCAGUGGAUGGACCUCUUUGAUACAAGUGCGCACUUCUCUUGUAAGGUGUCUAUACGGGCAACUACGAGACCCCUUCUCAAGUCGGCCAUAUGCGCCCUCGCUGCGAAGCACUUGUCUCGAACUCAGAAUAAUCAUGAGCAACACACUGCCCGCAGCGCAAGGAAGUCUCUUGCGUCCGCCGACGAUCGAUCUCCUAACUGGAGUUACCACGCCGUUAGAUACUACCACCAAGCUAUCCGAUGUCUCAAGCAUGCCAUCGCCAUUGGGGGACGUGAUGAAAUGGACAUGCAGAGGGGCGAUGCAGAGAGUCGACACGCAGAUACGUUCGCAGCUGUUGCCAUACUCUGCAUAUACGAGCUAAUGAACGCCCCGGGAAACGCAUGGAAGGCACAUCUUACGGCUUUGCCGCUCUUUUCAGCGUCGGAUAGCACGCUCAGCGGCAGUUCGCCGGUGACGAUCCCUCAGUCUCCCAUUAAGGGGCCGAUAUUCUGGAGCUUGGCCAGGCAAGACUUCUUAUGUGCCUUCAUCAGCGAGACACAGACUCGCUUGAAUCUAGACCAUGUCCGCCUCUGGCAGAAUUUCGGCUUAGCCACAGACGAGAACAGCCUCUUACUGCCCUUCAGUCCGUUCUGCACAGCAGAUAUCCGCGCUUCAACAGACGUCGACGAAGAUUCGAGAAGCAACGAGCUGCUCUGGCUUAUUGGAAAGGUUGUUAACUUCAUCACAUCGGGUGACGGUAUCAACCCGGAAGACUACUCCAGGCCAGCUGGACAACGUUUGUCUCUCGGUGUGACCCAAGAACUCCUUCUACAACGCUGGACAAAGCUCGAAGUAGAGUUGCAGAAAUGGUACGACAGUCUCCCGCCGACUUUCUCUCCCAGUGCUCGGACGAAAUACACAGGGGAUCCCGGGGCCUUGGGGGAGGUCCCUGACAUGGACAUGAUCUGGUACGACAUACCCAUGUGCGCGGCAACCAUGCAGAGCUACCACAUGGCAUGCAUCUUAUUGCUGGUCAACCGACCCCAGGAAUCAACAGCUAUCAGAUCAACUGUGUCGGCACGCUUGAGGUCGUACCGUAUGAUCCAGAGAGACGUUCUCCGCCAUGGCAAAGAAAUAUGCGGGAUCAGUCUCGCGGAUCCCCCGGACUCUGUCCGUAUUCACUCUGUCCAGCCGCUUUUCGUAGCUGGGCAAUCGUUCCAUGAAAAGCCUGAGCAGCAGUUGGUUUUGAAAUUACUUUCUGAUAUUGAGACCGAGUUGGGGUGGGCAACACAUUAUCAGAUUCGGAAACUGGUGGAUGAGUGGAAGGUCAAUGACGAAUAA